AUGCUUUCAAGAGUUUCACAAAAAUCUAUGUCUAAUGCUCUUAGACAAUCUGUUCAUCUAAGAUGUGCAACUAUCGUCCCUACCAAGAGAUCGUUUGCAUCUUUGGUCGGGCAAACUUCAUACAACAAAGUACAAUCAUCAUCGUUGAAUAAUUCCACUUAUCGUCGUUGGGCAUCCACUUCAGUACCCGUACCACCAAUGGCUGAAUCUUUAACUGAAGGGUCCCUAAAGGAUUAUACAAAGGCUAUAGGGGAAUAUAUUAAGGAGGAUGAAUUGUUAGCAACCAUCGAGACUGAUAAGAUUGAUAUCGAAGUGAAUUCUCCCGUCUCUGGUACUAUCACCAAAUUGAAUUUCCAACCUGAAGACACAGUUACUGUUGGUGAUGAAUUAGCGCAAAUCGAAGAGGGUGCUGCACCAGAAGGUGGUGCUGCUCCGACUGAAGCUGCUAAAGAGGCCCCAGUUGAAACUGAAAAGAAAACCCCAGCCGCAGCCGCAGCUCCUACCCCUACUCCAAAGAAAGAGACCCCAGCUGCUCCUAAGAAGGCAACGCCAGCUGCAACUCCAGCUGCUACUCCAGCGGCUCAAGCAGCUAACUCAUUUACACCUUUUGCACGUAACGAAUCUCGUGUUAAGAUGAACCGUAUGAGAUUAAGAAUCGCAGAAAGAUUAAAGGAAUCUCAAAAUACAGCUGCCUCUUUAACAACUUUUAACGAAGUCGAUAUGUCUGCUCUAUUGGAUAUGAGAAAAUUAUACAAGGAUGAAAUCAUUAAGAAGACGGGUACCAAAUUCGGUUUCAUGGGUUUAUUCUCAAAGGCCUGUACUUUAGCUGCAAAGGAUAUUCCUGCUAUCAAUGGUGCCAUUGAAGGUGACCAAAUUGUUUACCGUGACUUUACCGAUAUUUCAGUUGCUGUAGCUACACCAAAGGGUCUUGUUACUCCAGUGGUUCGUAAUGCCGAAUCACUUUCCGUAUUAGGUAUUGAAGAUGAAAUCGUUAGAUUAAGUCACAAGGCUAGAGAUGGUAAAUUGACCCUAGAAGACAUGACUGGUGGUACUUUCACAAUCUCUAACGGUGGUGUUUUUGGCUCCCUUUAUGGUACUCCAAUCAUUAACACUCCACAAACUGCUGUGUUGGGUCUACAUGGUGUUAAAGAAAGACCAGUCACUAUCAAUGGUCAAAUUGUCUCAAGACCAAUGAUGUACAUGGCAUUGACUUACGAUCAUAGAUUAGUCGACGGUAGAGAGGCUGUUACUUUCUUGAAGACUGUCAAAGAACUAAUCGAAGAUCCAAGAAAGAUGUUAUUAUUUUAA